UCUAGAGAAGGGAGACCACCAUGGUGUUAUUUGUGAAUGUUAACCUUGGACAGCGUGUGGAUGUGUACUUGUGGGACAACAUAUACACAGGGACAGUGCGUUAUAAAGGUUGUCUUAAUUCACUGAAAGGAGAAUGGGUUGGGGUUGAGCUAGACAAAGCAGUUGGCACCCACAGUGGGAUGAUCAAAGGCAGAAGGUAUUUCCAGUGUACAGACAAGCAUGGGGUAUUUGUCAGGGCAAGCAGGUUGCGGUUCAAGCCCAUUAGGAGAUAUUUGUACAACACUUAUCACACGAAAGAAAGAGAAAGCUCUUGCGAAGAGACGCUUUUUACCAGAACAAUUCCGGAAGUGAAAAAUGGUCCUUAUGAUCCAGUGUCUAUCUCAGAUAUUUACAACGGAAAUGCCAAAAAUAUGUUUGAAGAUUCCGGGAAUGUCUUCGGCCCUCGUCGUGCUUUCCCGCUGCGCCACUCUGUCAGUAACAGCAUCCCUGCUGCCACCAUGCUCAGACCACGCUCUGCGGCCCUUACUUACACCAGCCGGCCUGUUCACAACCAGUAUAGCCUAGAGGACGACGGCUUCAUCUCCAGUCCAUCCAUCCCCAAAACACACAUGCCAUUCUCCGCCCUCCAUCGACAAGUGAAGCGAGGCUGGGACGGAGCCCACUACACGCGUGAAAUGUCCGUCCACAAUGGCAGAGAUGUUAUGAAGUUCAACCAAUGGAAUGACAUUUCCGAGUGACGUCACUGCGUUCACUUGGCGGAGAUGGUAAUUGGUCGGAUAUCUGCGCGUCUUACCUCGGACGUCUUCAAACCAUGGCACUUAAAGAAAACGGAAAGUUUGCAUGGAAGUUGACAAUAUGAGUUUAUUCAUUGACGUACUUUCAUGACGUCAUGGUUUCAAACGCUUUAUUCGAAAAGCUAACAGAGUCAAGAGAAGUAGAUCCUGUAUCUUGUUACCGUAGAGUGAUUUGUCGUUUGAGUUCAGACCCAACUGGAGAGACUUGUGAGAAUAAGUAACGCUAUUUUCACGCAUUUUAUUCAUAUUGCCUCAUACGUGAAAAUACCGUCUUAUUAAUAAUUAAUUAAUACCUAGCUGAUGAAUUCAGGUAUUUGGUUCAGGUGAAACUCUAACUCUGGGUAUUGUAUGGCUUCAUUCGGAUUUUCAUCUGUCGGGUAACUCAUUACACACUAUGAAGUAACGUUGCUAUACAGUUUGGCUUAAUUCCUUAUAAUAUACUAAUAGUUGGAGUUAUAAUUUUUGUCAGCUGAUGAGCAGAGUGACAGUAAUAUUUGAUUGUUAGCGUGUACUUUUAAAGGAUACAAUAAUGUUGCUUGUCAUUCCAUUUUAAUAACUGCUGAUAAGUUUUAUUGUGUCUACAGGUAUACCUAUACUAUAUUUGUAAAAAUGUGAAUUAUAUGUGCUUCUUCAGUUGAAUUCAGUGAGUUGGUCAAAUUAGUACAAACUGAAUGGAAUGUCCAGUUCAGUUUCCUUUAUCACCAGAAUUCGUUUCAAAAUUAUUUCAAAUCUUGACAUCUUUAUCUGUGAAAAUCUACUCUGUUUGCGUAGUGUCGCAGUUAUUGUGAAUUUGUGUUUGUUUAAUUCUUACUUUGGCAAAGGGACCCUUGCUAUAGCUUCUUUGAUUUCAACAUAAGCGAAACACUGCAGCCUCUAGCAAGGGAGCAUGGUUG